AUGACCGUUAAGAAAGACAUACCAAUCGAUGACAGUAAUCAGGCACCGCAUGACAGUUCCGAUCCACCACCGGCAUAUUCGCCUCGGGCUUCGUCGAUUGCUUCCUCUGAGGCCUCCUUGUGGACGGUGGAGCCGGAUUUCGCACCUGAUUUCACAAAUAUUUUCCAACAAGGGAAAUGCCUGGAUAGAAUUGCUAACAUUCUUUUUGCCAUGCCCAAAGAAAAUCAGCAGUUUAUCACUGAUCUAAGAUCCGGUUCGCGUACAUCGGCAUUCAUUCAAGCAUUUCUGCGACCGAAAGCGCAACCACGGCUGAUAAAUCUGCAAUCUGAUUCACAUGCCCUGCCAGAAGAUGGCCUAUCCGACAGACAACCACGAUCGGAGCUCAGAGGAGCACCCUUGGACAUUGUGAUAAUGGUCGUGGGAGAGAAUAUCGAGCCGUUUGUUGCAGUUGGUGCUCGACUGCUUCGGGACUCACAUCGGGUUCGGAUUGCCGCGCAUGCCUCAUGUGAAACCUUGAUAAAAGACCAAGGCCUUGACUUUUUCGCUAUUAGCUACGAUAUGAUCCAUCCGCUGGCAUGCGAACGCCGACCUUUCCUCGCGGACGCGAUUAUUGCGAAUCCACUGGCCCACGCGCAUAUACAUUGUGCUGAGCGACUUUCAAUUCCUCUGCAUAUCAUGUCGACCGUGAUUUGGAGUCCGACAAAGACGCUUCCCCAUCCGCUGGCCCAGAUAGAAGGGAGUGAAGCCAUGGACCAAAGCAUGACGAAUAUUCUAUCUUAUGCGCUCAUCGAGGAGACUAUCUGGAACACCAUCAUUGAGCCCAUAAACCGAUUCCGGCAACAUGUCUUAGGUCUUAACAGCAUCUCAUCAGCUACCGGUGGAAGACUCAUACCCGACAACGAUAUUGCCCAUACCUAUUUCUGCCCUGAAGUACUUGUUUCAAGACCAAGUGAUUGGGAUAGUAUGAUUGAUACGUCGGGCUAUGUAUUUACGGAUGAGGAAGCGCAAUAUAGUCCGGCGAAAGACCUGAGCGACUUCAUUCAGUCAAGCUCACCACCGAUAUACUUCAUGGUGCAAGAACACACUAUGGAAACCCCUGGUAUGCUGGCACGAGCCAUACAGGAUGCCGUGGUAAAGCGUGGGCUUCGUGCCAUACUGUCACAAGACUGCCGUGAUAUUUGUAGAAUUUUAAACGACAACAACGUGUUCCUGGUUGAUACUACCCCUCAUGCAUGGCUUCUGCCACGGGUUGCCGUCGUUGUCCACUCUGGAAGUACUGAUCAGAGCGCACUGGCCUUACAAUAUGGAAAGCCAAGCGUGGUAAUCCCGCAUACAACGGAGUACGCUCUCCCCGAAAACGGAGCAUUUUGCAUUCCAAGCACACUAACACACAUCCAUAGUCAGCUAUCAAGAGGUAUAAGCCUGUCCUGUAUUGGUGCAGCAGCAGCUCCGCUCACGAGUAACGUGCUUUCUUCCGACGCAUUAUACCAGGCACUAGAAUUCUGCCUUCGUCCAGACAUUCAAGAGUCAACUCGUGUUGUUCAAAGGCAGGUACAUGAUGAAUCAGGUCUUGAGAGCGCCAUUCAAGCAUUUUAUCGUUGGUUACCACCGCAGGUCCAGAAAUGUGACAUCACGAACCAGAACUUGGCUAUGUAUCAGAUCUGGAAUAGGCCAUCGUCGAGGAUCUCUCCCGAAGCAGCAACAGUUCUGCUGGAAGAGCGGCUCAUAAAACAGACUGAUAUUGUGUUAAUUACCCGCCAGGCUUAUAAUAUCCAAUGCGAAAGCUCAAGGCCUUUUAAGGAUACUGCAAGGGAUUAUUGGAACGGGGCCACGACUGCCGCAAAGAAUAUCGCCAUAGCCUCGGAUCUGGUUAGCAUGCUGCCCGGGAUGCAACGCAAGAGCGACGAAAGAAGUGUAGAAAAGCCGAAGAGAAAGAACCUGGCCAAGGACGUUGGUACCGGUACGGCGAGAUUCUUUGGAAACAUCGCUCUGCUUCCCUUCACAAGUGAGCUUCUGCAACACCGUUUCUUAUCUCCACGAAUAUCUUGCUUACUUAUUAUUCCAUCUGAGGCACCGCACUGA